AUGAAGGAUAUUCCGCAUUACCUCCCAGAAAUUUUGCCGGAUUUACAAAAUAGGAGUGCCUUUGCACAUGAAAUUCUCCACUCCAUCUAUGGAAAUUCCUACUUCAGUUCUCAUCGCAUCGCGUGGGUUCGAAUUAUCCUCAUCAUUCUCUACACACUAUUCGCUUUCAUUGGUGUCACUACAAACACAGCUGUUGUGUUUUUUCUGCUUAUUUGGCAUCCGAAAUCCCUACGGAACAUUACGAAUCGUUUUGUUCUUGCCCUAGCUAUUUCCGAUAUUAUAAUGUCGGGAUUUAAUAUGCCGAUGCAGGCUUACUACGAGAUGGAGGAGCAUGUCUUCUUCUCCGACAUUGCUUGUCGGCUUAUUUUUUCUACUUUUGGUCUUCCAAUGCAUAUAUCGUGUCUAGUUAUUCUCGUAAUUGGAAUUGAUCGCUAUCGAAUCAUUGUCUACCCUCUGCAAAGGCGUAUGCCACGGGGUGCAGCCUCUCUCCUACUCGUUGGAAUAUGUCUCAUAAGUGUCAUCAGCGUAAUACCAAUUGCUGUUUUUAAUAAAAGCAUGCAGCCUGAAUUUAAUAAUGCAAAGAAAAUACCGACAAAUCAUCACUACUGUGUAGAGGAUUGGCCUUCGGAAAAGAUUCGGCUGAGUUACUCUGUUUUUACCUUUACAGUCCAGUUCUUUCUUCCCCUUCUCCUGACAGCUAUCCUCUAUACUCGUAUAUACUUCCGCCUUCAUGAACGUCGUUUUCGUAAACGGGACCUAGAGCGAAAGAAAAGAACAAAUAAAAUUUUGAUAGCAAUUGUCAUAUGUUUUUUUAUAUGCUGGACCCCAUGGAAUGUAUUCUCUAUCAUUCUGGAAGUGCAUGCUUAUCGUAAUCCAAAACGGCCUUACACACUUUUUCCAUUCGAUGAUGAUGAUGAUAGGAGUAUGGGUAAAAUGAUGGAUUUACAAUACCUACUAUCGCCGCAAUUAAACAAGCUUUUGUUACAUCAGGGUGGCAUUAAUAACUCCAAUAGAAUUCCAAGAUCCUUUUCUGGAGAGUACAACAUUUCCGAAUUUGUGCCACAAUCAGAUAUUCUACUUGGUGGCCAUGCCAAACUCAUUGAUCUUAUUUUAAAACUCCUUGCUAUGUGUUCCGGUUGUUUAAAUCCUUGUCUAUAUGGAUGUAUGACCGAUACAAUGAGAUUGCUCAUGAAAAGAAUAGCAAUUAGAUUCCAAAGGAAGCGUCAUAAUGGUCAAACUCGACUGCAUGGAAGCUUUCGUGGCUUGCCAGAACUUUUUAAUUCUGAUCGAAGUCUUCUAAAGACCAAACCUUCGUGCACGUAUCAGAAAGCCACAUUCGGGAAGGUGUUAUAUAACAUUCACUGUUGUGGAUUUCAAUUUAUUGUUCGAACUGCUUUCCGCCGACACAAGGAACAAGCAAGGAUUAUGCUUGAUGGGAAAAGGAAGUCAGAAUCUUUGGAACCAAAAACAACAUCUUCAAUUAAACGAAUUCGCCGAUUGCAGAAAUGUUCUACCAACGACAAGAUCCCACCAUAUUCUAGUGGCAAUGAGGAACCACUAGCCGGAGAUCAGACAUUUGCUAGCUGCCAGAGUGUUCAAAGUCCGGUGUGCAUUCAGGAACUGAACUACAAUUUGCAACCCCUUGAUCCUGGAAGUAUCUCCUUUCUUCACAGAGAAAGCGGCACUUUAAGCAUUAUUGAGAGUUCCACCAAACGUACCAGUCUUCUACCCUCUUCCUUCUAUGACAAGACUCCCAGAAGUUCUUUUCUAGUGGAUGGUUUGAAAUCACCAGAUGGAGCAACACAUUUCUUCAGUAAUGAGCAACCUUUCUUAAGAAUUUCGAAAAUUGCUCCUGCAGUCACUGUUUCCGAACGCGAUUCUUCUGGAGAACUUGAACCUUGUACUGCUGAUAAUCCGAAAUCACAGAAUUCUUCCAUUAAUCGCAAUCAGAAGCUCGUAAAUAUUCAGGUUUAUUCACCCCCACCAUGCAUGUGCUCACCUCUGAGUGAUUCAUUUUGUAGAAGGAGUUCCUGUAUUGGAGUGCCGAAGGCAGGCAGAACUUUGGCUCCAUUAGAAGAAGUAUCAGUGGGUGGUAAUUUAGGUGAAUCUAUCGCUUCGCCAAAAGAGGAAGGAAUAAGGCCAGCAAUUUUGUCGACUGCACCGGCAACGAAUGCCUCCAAUAAAUGCGCAGAAACAAAGCGCGAUAUUUAUAAAAGAAGUGUUUCAAUAAGUUGUGAUAAAGAAACCUCUCGUUUUCCCUCGUCUGUGAGUAAACGACGAUCCUUUCAGUUACGUCGACAGAGCGCUUACGAGUCAUUGAAAGUGAAGAAGUCCCCACCUCCAUCGAUAAAGAGUAAAGCUUCACUUAUACCUCCUAGAGACGAUUCAAUGGAGAGUGAAUCCGCGGUAAGUGAUGAUUUUUCUCACUUUCACAAAAUGGUGCUACAAGAUGAGAGAUUAAAAGCUAACCUAGCUCCGAAGAAGCCUCGAAAGUCGUAUUCAACUACUAUGGCUCUUGGUACAUCAGCUAUGGAAUCCCAACAACGAAAGCCCAUCUUCUACUCUGUCCGAUCCAAUCGAACGGGCACGUCAAUCAAAUUGAUCACCUCCGCGUCAAAGGUCAAGGUUAAGAUUAACAAUGAGGUUAUGAUCGCAUGA